GUUCCGCAACGCUGCUAAAGAUAUCUACGCAUGCCUAAAGCCUUAUCGCAACGCGUCCUAGCUCUGCAGCAGCGCGUAUCCGCUCUCUCCUGUCGCCCACUUCCCCUCGCUCAGUCGCUUCCAGGUCACAAUGACGGACUCGACGGCGCUUCCGAUUCCAGGCUCUGUAUAUCUGGUCGACGUUCAGCACCAGUCUGACGCGCCGCAUCUGCACAAGAGCUCCAACCGCGAAGAGUCGGAGAUCGUCCUCAACCCUCCACCGUCGCGGGACGUUAACGACCCGCUGAACUGGAGUAGACGACGGAAGAUUCUUCAGGUCGCAUGCGUCAUGCUGUACACGACGGCCAUCGGUAUUGGGACGACCGUGUUCUACUCCAUCCUCGAACCCAUCUCGGACGACACCGGCAUUCCGCUGGCCACGUUGAAUCAGGGUACCGGAUACACGUUCCUGUUGCUAGGAUGGGGCGCACUGAUAAAUCAGCCACUUGCCCUGACAUUCGGCAAGCGAGGAGUAUACCUCCUAUCCGUCCUCGGAAACAUCGCAGUAUGCAUGUGGACGCCUUACAUCAAGUCUCAGGGCCAGUGGAUUGCCAGUCACAUCGUACAAGGUCUGGUGUGUACACCAGUCGAAAGCUUGUGUGAAGUCAGCAUCUCGGAUAUCUUCUUCACACACGAGCGAGGACGGUAUAUUGGAAUGUAUACCUUGUUUCUCUUCGGAUCAAAUUACUUUGCGCCUAUGAUCUCCGGUUUCAUCUACGACGGACAAGGCUGGAAUUGGGUGAUGUAUUGGGCAGCCAUUAUCAACGCGGUAUCAUUCGUUCUUCUGUUCUUCCUGAUGGAAGAGACCAACUAUACACGCUCACAAGAAAAAGACAGCAAUGUCUCGGAUGAGAAGCGUUCGUCUUCGCCGUCCGAAGAUAGCAAAGGCCUUCAGGAUGUAAAGAUCCCGUCCGCUAGCCCUGCAGUUAUCAGCGUCCACGAGCGGUCCGACGAACUAUCUCACCUCACCGGGACACCCUCGACCUACCUCUCCCGCCUCGCCAUAUUCAACAAACGCUUCGGCUCAAACGACCUGCUCCUGACGAUGACGUGGCGCCCCAUUGCGCUACUGCGUUUCCCGGUGGUUUUCUGGGCCGGCUUCGAGUACGGGACCUGUCUCGUGUGGUACAACGUCCUCAACGCGACGUGCUCGCUCAUCCUCAGCGCCGCGCCGUAUAACUUCCGCGCGAGCUUCGUCGGUCUCGCGUAUCUUGGGCCGCUCGUCGGGAUGCUCAUCGGAACGUUCUACAGCGGCUACAUCGGCGACCUCUUCUCCCUCCUCUACGCACGGCGCAAAGCCGGCGUGCGCGAGCCCGAAGACCGCCUCUGGCUCAUGUCCGUCUGCCUCCUCCUGUGCCCCGCCUCGCUCAUCCUGUGGGGCGUCGGCGCCGCGCACGGCGCGGCGUGGCCCGCGCUCGUCGUGGGCAUGGGCAUGAUCUCGUGCAGCACGGGCGUAGGCAGCGCGCUGAGCAUCGGGUACGCGCUCGAUGCGUACCGCGAGAUGGCGGGCGAGGUGAUGAUGGCUGUUAUUAUUGUUCGGAAUACGCUGUCUUUUGCGAUCGGAUACGGCAUCAACCCAUGGCUCGGCAUGGGCCUGCAGAAUACGUUCAUUUGCGCCGCGUUCGUUGGGAUGGGCAUCAACAUGACCUUUCUGGGUGUGAUGCGGUGGGGCAAGGGCUGGCGGAGGCGCAGUGCCGGACAGUAUUGGGCGUAUGUGGAGCAGGGGGGUACUGUUGCUCAUUAA